AUGGAACCACAAGUUGCUUUCAACAGCACUGACAGUGAGACUGCCAUACAUCCCUGCUAUGAAAUAGAUAAUUUCAAUUACAUACUGACAAAGACCCCUUCCAUUAUAUGUGUUUUAUUAUAUAUUUUCCUUAUGUUAUUGUCUGUUAUAACAAUAUUUGGAAACCUUCUUGUAAUCAUCGCUGUCCUUUAUUUCCAACAGCUCCACACUCCUACAAAUUACCUUAUUCUUUCUCUGGCUGUGGCUGACCUGCUUGUUGGGAUCAUAGUUUUUCCUUUUAGCUUGGCCUUCUCAGUUAGCUCGUGUUUGUAUCAUGAGGGUUUAUUUUACAGAUAUUAUGCAGUGUGUCAGCCUCUGACAUAUAACAUCAGAAUAAACCAUCGUGUAAUUGUGGUCAUGAUCCUGCUGAGCUGGGGGGUUUCUGCUCUAAUUGGAAUUGGUGUCAUAAUUGCUGGAUUAAACAAUGAAAAAUGUAAUGAAAGAUGUUUAAUUGAUGUUCUCAUAGAAAACACUGUUGGACCCAUUUUAUCAUUUUAUCUCCCAGUGAUCAUAAUGCUCUGUAUCUACCUGAAGAUUUUCCUUGUUGCAAAGAGACAGGCACGCAGCAUCCAGAACCCAACCUGUCAGAACACAAAGUCUGGAGCUACUGUCAGUAAGAUGGAAAGAAAAGCCACCAAAACUCUGGCUAUUGUUUUAGGAGUUUUUCUUUUAUGUUGGACUCCUUUCUUUCUUUGUAUCACCUUUCUGCCCCUCAUUAAUGAUUCAGUGCCAGUCCCUGUUAUCGAAACUCUUAACUGGCUGACGCUGUCAAAUUCAAUGCUCAAUCCAUUUAUUUAUGCUUUCUUUUACAGCUGGUUCAGAUCAGCUUUCAGAAUGAUCAUUUCUGGGAAAAUAUUUCAGGGAGAUUAUACUGAUUCAAAACUUUCUUGA